UGUGUGUGUGUGUGUGUGUGUGUGUGUGUGUCAGAGACAGGCAGACAGACGGCGGUUGAUCGUCUUGAGUCAGUGUUGAGUGAGACAGCAGUGUGAGAGGAUCAUGCGGCGGACUAACUCUCUUCCCCAUCACCUCCACAGCUCUCACCUCCACCUCUCUCCUAAUCAUCCAACCACACCGAGCUGAGGAAUGAUGUACGCCAACAACAGCACGGGCUCCACACAGGUGCGGGACUACACCUGCGUGCGCUUCUACGUCUCCACCGUGUCCUUCUCCGUGCUGCUCUUCUUCAACCUCAUCAUCAACUGGACCAUCAUCCGCGUGGAGCGGCUCCGGAGCCACGCCCGCUUCGUGCUGGUCUUCCACCUGCUGGUCUCGGCCCUGGUCCACCUGGGGAUGAGCAGCGUCUUCUACUACCAGAUCCACCUGGACGCGCGGCCCGUGCGCUCCGCCUGCCUCGCCAUGAUCACCGUCCUGAUCAGCAGCGCCUCCAACAUCCUGCUGACGCUCACGGUGAUGGCUCUGGACCGCUACUGCGCGGUGUGCCACCCGAUGCGCUACACCUCCUCGUGCACCUCCUGGCGCUGGCCCUGGCUGCUCGGCGCGUGCACCUGGAUCGUGGCUCUGAUCAUCCCCCUCACCCUGCUCCUCCACCCGGACUCCCAGGCGGCCGGGGCCGCGUACAGCGGGGUGUGUGACCAGGAGCAGCUGAGGAGAGGCCAGCUGCAGAAGGUGUUGUUCUUGGGUUUGUGCACGCUGCUCAUUCUGUACACCUACGUGAGGAUACUGGUGGAGAAGAGGCGCCUAGGGGUGCUGAACCGGCGGAACCGGGCCGGGUGCAGGACGAUCGCGCUGCACGGCAGCCAGCUGGCGGUUUACCUGCUCCCUAACUUUGUGAACUUCGUGCUGUCGGUUUUGAUGAAAAAGAACCUCAUUCAGCCGCAGACUAAGGAGCUGUCAGCCGUUAUUGUCUUUGCUUUCUUCAGUUUGGCGCAGUGCGUUGCGCCGGUUGUUUACGGUUUGCGUAAAGAGGAACUUGUGGAGGAGUUGAGUCACACGUUCCCCUGCUGCUCCACAUACUUGAAGAGUGUCCUCGGCUGGACGGUGCACAACAGCUGGCCACCCACUCAACACAUAACACGGGAGCGAACACUGACAGCUCAGACGAUCAUUUCUCUACAGGUCUCUCAGGCCCCUGAGGAGGAGGAGGAGGAGGAAACCAGACCAAUGUCAGUCAGGAGUUCCUCACAUGACUUAGAGUCACAUCAAGGCCAUACGGACAAUGCCUGAUGGGAAAAAACAGGUCGAUAUCAGGAUCCUGAACGCCACGGGAACAUUUGGAUACGUGACUCAGGUCAGGGCUGAAAGGAACUAAAGGAGCCUCCUCGGACAUGACGAGGCUUCUUGAGAACUGGUUGUGCAUCAUUGUCACUGCAAACAGCAAAGACAGACAGAGAAGAGGAGGGCAGUUCUCUUUUUGUACAUUUCCUGGCUGGUCCAGAGAUUUAACUGGAGGUUUCAGGUCCCAGCUCUCCUGCAUUUGGGAUUCAAAUGGAGGAUGUACUUUACCAAUCGCUUGGUGAAUGUUGUGAAUGUGUUCUCAACCGUGUGGAUAUUAAACAAUGUGAGUUUAACGGCUGCUUGAAUACAUUUCUUGAAGUUAAGAAAGAGGUAGGAUAACACACAGGUGUCGAUGGAUACCAGAACGGAUGCUUUAAGUAUCAAUACAGGUGAUAAAAGGAUUCAUACAAAAAGAAAAUUUCAUUCAAGAUCAUAAGAACAGGCAGUGGGCUUCUCAACAUGGAUGUGAUUAAACAAUAAACAGGAAAUAGAAAAGAAACCCUAAUGUUUGAUUAACUAUUUGGGGCCUUCAUGUGGUAUUUUUCAAUCAGGAAGCAUUUUUUUCUGAUAAUUCUGACACCUCAUGACUGCAGGGUUACUCGGUAUCACAUCAAAACUAAGCUGCACUGUAAAAAAUAAUAAAAAAUAAAGCUAUUUUCUAAAAAUAUUAUU